AGGCGUCCCGCGCAUGCGCACACACGCGCCCGCAGCGGAUCUGUGGAGGCGAGGCGCAAACGUGGCAGCUUUGGCGGGAGGUGAAGCCACGGAUUCCUUUCUUUCUCCCUGUUUUAUUUUUAGAUUCGUUUAUUUACUUAGGAGACGACCGUGUACCCGGCUGGAGACAGGAGCCCCUGAAAUUCUAGAAAAAUCCCCGUGUAUCGCUGCUCGAAUUUUCAACGGAGCCAAAGCUGGCUGAGAAGCUGUUUGCAAAAAUCGACAGAAAAAUACUGAGGCCUUUGGAACCUUCUACGGGGAAUAAAGAGGGACAGAGGGACACCAUGUUGACCCCCAGGCCGGCCUGGGGCCUCCGGACUCUCGCCCUGGGGCUGAUACUACUGCUGCUGCAUCCCCAGCCCUCUGCUUCUGGCCCCUGGCCCAACUUCCUCCUCCUGCUGGCUGACGACCUGGGCAUCGGGGACCUGGGCUGCUAUGGGAACAAGACCCUCAGGACCCCGAAUAUCGACCGCUUGGCACAGGAGGGGGUGCGGCUGAGCCAGCACCUGGCUGCAGCUUCCGUGUGCACGCCCAGCCGUGCUGCCUUCCUCACGGGCAGGUACCCGGUGCGCUCCGGCAUGGCUUCCAGCACCGGGGACCGCGUAUUACAAGCCACAGGGGUCUCCGGGGGGCUUCCGGCCAAUGAGACCACGUUUGCAAAAAUCCUGAAGGAGCGCGGCUAUGCGACAGGAAUAAUCGGAAAAUGGCACCUGGGCCUGAACUGCGCAUCAUCCCAAGAUCACUGCCACCACCCGCUGCACCAUGGCUUUGACAGCUUCUAUGGGACACCGCUAAGCCUCAUGGGAGACUGCACGCACUUUGAGCUCUCAGAGAAGCGGGCGGGGCUGGAGCAUGCCCUGGGGUUGUGCGCAGGGGCAGCUGCUGCAGCCGCCAUUGCAAUGGUGGCAGGGAGGCUCAUGGGGCUGGCACACGGGACCUGGGCUCCAGUGAUCCUCUGUGUGGCCAGCGCAGGGGUUCUCGGUUCCCUCGGGCAUGUGAUGGGGCCGCUGGUGCAGCUUGCAGACUGCGUGCUUAUGCGGGGCCGGGAGAUCGUGGAGCAGCCGCUGGACCCUGCCCGUGCUGCUGCCCGGGUGCUCCGGGAAGCCGAGGGCUUCCUGCGCAGCCACAAGACUGGUCCCUUCCUGCUCCUGGUCUCGUUCCUGCACGUGCACACCCCACUUGUCACCAUGCCCCCGUUCCUGGGGCGCAGCGCACAUGGGCUGUACGGAGACAAUGUGGAGGAGCUGGACUGGAUGGUGGGCCGCAUUUUGAGCAGGCUGGAGCAGGAAGGGCUAAGUGAGAAGACUCUGGUUUACUUCGCUUCGGAUAACGGGGGCUGGCUGGAGGCGCGCGUGGGGAGCCAGCAGUAUGGCGGCUGGAACGGUGGCUUCCGAGGGGGCAAAGGCAUGGGCGGCUGGGAAGGCGGCAUCCGGGUCCCCGGGAUCCUGCGCUGGCCAGGGGUCCUGCCCCCCGGCCAUGUAGUACCAGAGCCUACAAGCCUGAUGGACGUGUUUCCCACUGUGGUGAAGCUGGCGGGGUGCGCGCUCCCGCAGGACAGGGUGAUUGAUGGGCGGGACCUGAUGCCACUGCUGCUGGGGGCGGAGCCGCACGGAGGCCAUGAGUUCCUGAUGCACUACUGUGAGACGCACGUGCACGCAGUGCGCUGGCAUCAGCGAGAGCGAGGAACCACGUGGAAGGUUCACUUCGCAACCCCGGAGUUCGAGACCCCGGGCGCCGGCGCCUGCUAUGGCCGGGCCGUGUGCGACUGCACGGGGUCCCAGGUGAAGGAACACGAGCCACCUCUGCUGUUCGAGCUCUCGCGGGACCCGGGGGAGGGGCGGCCGCUGACGCCUCACUCGGAGCCCACUUACCCUGAGGUCCUGGCUCGGGUGCGGGAGGCCCUGGCCGCUCACGUGCGCUCACUGGGACCCGCGCCCCCUGGCCAGCUAGACUGGCCCUGCAAUGCCUGGCGGCCCUGGCUGCAGCCGUGCUGCGGUCCAUUCCCUCUGUGCUGGUGCCAGCGCGAGCAGGACUGACUGCCAGAUGAUUGACUGACAGGCGGGGCAGAAAAAAAGCAGCCAUGCGCAAUAAACACCCAGCAGAUGCAAGAUGAUUGACAGAUGAUUGACAGGCAGGGCUCACCCACUUCGAAAAACCAAACAUGCAAGAAAAACUAGCACCCGUCCCCCCGCUCUGGGAAAAACCCAGACACACCAGGAAUCUCUGCGCUACCACUCCCCCCCCCCCCCCCGGGCCUAACAGCGCGCCAAACCUCGCCGCUGCCUGACUGGACAAGAAUCUGCCACUCAGAACGAAGCCCCACCCCGAUCCAUAAUCUGCCCCUGACAGUAGAGAACACUUGCCAAUCUAAUCCAAAAUCCCGCCUCCUCCGUACUCAAACAUCCGAUCUGGGCCGGAAGCCUCUCAUCCUGCUCGCCCCUGACUGGACACGUAACUUGACACUCAGACUCGAAAUCCUCCUCCUCCCUCCCCCCCGCCC